AUGGGUCGCCGCCAAAGCGACUCUGAACCAUCCCGUUUCAUCUCUCUCACCUUCCUUUUGGUGGGUUUUAUUUCUUGUGCUUUAGUCUACACUGUCCUCUCCGUAGUUCUCAAUGCUAAUACAAAUUCUGAAGGUUCAAUCUUUGAGCCUUUGGCAUUGGCAGAGGAGAGUAAUGAUGGUGGGUGUUGUAGGGGGAUUGAGAAGUUGGAGCUUUGGGGAGCUGCAGUGAAGUGGGGGUCAGAUUUUAAGUUCAAUUCUUCUAAGGAGUGUUGUCAGGCUUGUAAGGCUAUGUGCACCGGCAUUGAUGGGCCUUGUUUAUGCGAUACUUGGGUGUUUUGUGGCAAUAAAAAGGCUUGUGGGUCUAAAUUUGGUGAGUGUUGGCUGAAGAAACAAAAGGAUGUAUUUGCUCCUGAUCGACAGGAAGCAGGUGACCCUGUUAUUUGGACUUCUGGGUUUAUCUUUGGAAAAGGAGAGGGCAUUGUUGGCCUGGAAACAGAAUAUGGCACUCUUCAUAUUAAACUCUUCCCAGACUGUGCUCCCCAUUCUGUAGCCUACAUUCUUGAGUUGCUCACACUACGUCAUUGUGCUGGUUGCCAAUUUUAUCGUGCAGAGGGCCGAGGUCAAUCAUGGGAUUCAGAAGGAAACCACAUAAAAAAGGCUCCUUUGGGCCCUCCUUUUGCAAUCAUUCAGGGGACACUAGAAGCUCAAGGAACAGCAUUCAAGGAAAUGCCAACAGAAGAGUGUCCGUAUAUAAGAAGGGGUUCAGUGGCCUGGGUUGGCUCUGGUCCAGAAUUCUUCAUCAGCCUAGCCAAUCACCCAGAGUGGAAGAAAGCAUACACAGUCUUCGGUUCUGUUCUUCCAGAAGACAUGGAAAUUGCUGAGAAAAUUGCACAACUUCCCACGAAAUCGGAUGUUUGGAACAAUAUUAACGUGUCUGUCUUAGAAAAGCCAGUUCCCUUGUUGGUCCGAAGACUCAAGACGAAUCAGGGAAAUCUUAACACAAAUUUGAAAUCAGAUUAA